ACAGCCACAUUACCGCUUGGCAAUUUGGCGGCAAAAUAAAUAGCACAAGGCAUCAAGCGAGCCACAAACCUUUUAUUUAUCUCAUAUUACAUUUGUUUAUUGCUUAAGAUGGAAGGCUUUGAUGACGCAGGAGUGUUUUUCUCUGACAAUUUCGGUGGCGAGAACCAGCAGGAUACGCAGAUCAAUCUUCAGGCAGUGAAGAAGAAGUACAAGGAAUUCAUACGCACCUUCAAUGAGGAUAACUUCUUUUACAAAUAUCGCGAUACUCUCAAGAGGAACUAUCUCAAUGGGCGGUACUUCUUGGAGAUCGAAAUGGAGGACCUGGUUGGCUUCGAUGAGGCUCUGGCAGACAAGCUUAACAAGCAGCCCACGGAGCACUUGCAGAUCUUUGAGGAAGCUGCCCGGGAGGUGGCCGACGAGAUCACAGCUCCGCGUCCCGAACACGAGGAGCACAUGCACGACAUUCAGAUUUUGCUGACCUCCAAUGCCAAUCCCACGAACAUACGCGAAUUAAAGUCUGACUGCGUGUCGAAGUUGGUCAAAAUAGCUGGUAUCAUUGUCGCUGCUUCUGGAAUUAGUGCCAAGGCCACACGUAUGUCCAUCCAGUGCAUGUCUUGCAGCACUGUCAUACCAAACCUUAAAGUGAAUCCUGGAUUGGAGGGCUAUGCCCUGCCCAGGAAGUGUACGACAGAGCAGGCUGGUAGACCCAAAUGUCCCCUAGAUCCGUUCUUUAUCAUGCCGGACAAAUGCAAGUGCGUAGAUUUUCAAACCCUCAAACUGCAGGAGCUGCCUGACUUUGUGCCCCAGGGUGAGAUUCCCAGGCAUCUCCAGCUGUUCUGCGAUCGCUCGCUGUGUGAGCGUGUAGUGCCCGGCAAUCGCGUCCUGAUCCAGGGAAUUUACUCGAUUCGUAAAGUUGGAAGACCUUCUCGCCAAGAUGGACGUGAAAAAGCAGUAGUAGGUGUUCGGGCUCCCUAUAUGCGAGUGGUGGGCAUUACCGUUGAUUCAGAGGGAGCGGGUGCCAUCUCCCGGUAUAGUAAUAUCACCAGCGACGAGGAAGAGAACUUCCGGCGCAUGGCCGCCUCUGGCGAUAUUUAUGAGAGGCUUUCCGAGUCCUUGGCUCCGAGUAUCUUUGGAUCGCGGGACAUUAAGAAAGCCAUUACGUGCAUGCUCUUUGGUGGCUCCCGAAAGCGCCUUCCCGAUGGUUUGUGCCGUCGUGGGGACAUUAACGUUCUGCUGCUGGGUGAUCCUGGUACAGCAAAGUCGCAGCUGCUUAAGUUUGUGGAGAAGGUGGCGCCAAUUGGAGUAUAUACGUCAGGCAAAGGAUCCAGUGCUGCCGGUCUGACGGCUUCGGUUAUAAAGGAUCCGCAAUCGCGUAAUUUUGUCAUGGAAGGCGGCGCUAUGGUUUUAGCCGAUGGAGGAGUGGUCUGCAUUGAUGAGUUCGAUAAGAUGAGGGAAGACGAUCGUGUCGCUAUUCACGAGGCAAUGGAGCAGCAGACCAUAUCCAUUGCGAAGGCUGGCAUCACCACCACUUUGAACUCCCGUUGCUCGGUCCUGGCGGCUGCCAACUCCAUUUUCGGACGAUGGGAUGAUACCAAGGGCGAGGAGAACAUUGACUUUAUGCCCACUAUCUUGUCCCGUUUUGAUAUGAUUUUCAUUGUCAAGGAUGUGCACGAUGAAACGCGGGAUAUUACUCUGGCCAAGCAUAUCAUCAACGUCCAUCUUAGCUCUAGUAAACCUUUACCAAAAGAAAUGACAGAAGGAGAGAUAUCGUUGUCGACGUUCAAGAAGUACAUCCACUACUGUCGUACACAUUGCGGUCCAAGACUUAGUGAGGCCGCCGGGGAGAAGCUGAAGAGUCGCUACGUCCUCAUGCGCAGUGGUGCCGGUCAGCAGGAGAAGAACUCUGACAAGCGACUGAGCAUUCCGAUCACCGUGCGCCAGCUGGAGGCUGUCAUCCGGAUCUCAGAAUCUCUCGCGAAAAUACGCUUGCUUCCAUUUGCCACCGAUGAACAUGUAAACGAGGCACUUCGCCUUUUCCAAGUAUCAACUCUGGAUGCUGCGAUGACUGGCAGCUUGGCUGGAGCUGAAGGAUUCACCACGGAAGAGGACCAGGAAAUUCUAAAUCGCAUCGAAAAGCAGUUAAAGCGUCGUUUUGCUAUUGGAUCUCAAGUCUCUGAGCAGAACAUAUUGCAGGACUUUUUACGUCAGAAGUAUGAGGAACGCACUAUCAUGAAAGUGAUUCACACCAUGAUUCGACGCGGAGAGCUUCAGCACAGGAUGCAGCGAAAGAUGCUCUACCGAAUUUGCUAACCAGUGUUAUUAAAAUCAUUAUUUAUCAUUCGUUUCAUGUUACAACAAUCUAUUGUCAUUCUUGUACCCUCAUCUUUAUUAUUAAG